GGCUGUUUUGUUGUUUGUUACGUAACCAUAUAACAUUUUGUCCAUCCCCCAACAUUUCCUGGAGUCUUGCUGUGGGUUAGUUAAAGUGUAGCUCAGAUAACAUUCAGGGUGGAGUCAAAACUGGGAGUGCUAUUGUUUGAGACAGCCCCGUCCUAGACAGCUCACACACACACACACCUUAAUGCACCUGUUAAACAUUGCAUUCCUUAUGUUACCUUGAAACUGUGAACCGAAGCAGUAGAGACCGACUGCAGUGCCGUCCGGAUAAGAACAACUGGUGUCGAGAAUGGCCUCCACCAUCAGCCUCCUCCCCGAGAAGCACUUUCUGUGCUCUUUGUGCAAAGACAUCUUCACCAACCCAGUUACCAUACCAUGUGGACACAGCUUCUGCUUGUCCUGCCUCUGCCACUACUGGACACGACACCUGUCCAAAUACUGUCCGCACUGUAAGAGAAUCUUCACCGACAGGCCCGACCUCAGUGUCAACCGCAUUCUUGCAGAAAUCUCAGACAAAUACAGGAAAAACCGACCACAGAAACCACUCGAUGCAGAGAAGGUUAUAGAUGUGGAGCAAAUGAUUCAAGAAAGGCUGCAGAAGAUAGAAAGGUUGAAGUAUUCUCUCGAGCUUCAGAAGAGCUCUUACCUCAGAGAGGUGCGGGACAGCCAGAAGGUGUUCUCUGCCCUGGUGAAUGCCAUGGAGAAGAGUCACAAAGCAGUUGUUGCUGCAAUUGAGGAGCGACAGAUAGAGGAGGAGAAGAGAGUAGAAACACUGGUGAAAGAGCUGGAACAGGAAGUCCAGGAGCUGAGGAAGGAGACCACAGAGUCUGACCAUCAGGUUCCUGAAAAUGCUGAUCAGAGUGACGAUACAAAGCAGAGCACCGUUUCCACUUCCAUCACUGACAUGAAGGACUGGUCUAAGGUUAUCAUAGAAACUGACCCUUGUAUUGGCGUCACAAGACGAGCCUUGUCAGACAUGAUGGAUAUGAUUAAACAAGAAGUCAACAGGCUCUCCAAAUCUGAGCUUAAGAGAACAGAGAAAUAUACAGUGGAUAUCAAUCUGAGUGCGAAGACAGCUCACCCCUUCCUGUCUGUCUCAGAUGACAGAAAACAGGUGAGACACAUAGACAAGCAUCAAGAGGUACCAGAUAACCCCAAGCGAUUUGACCGGGUGGCAAACGUGCUGGCCAAAGAGAGCCUUCAAAGUGGGCGGUGCUACUGGGAGGUGGAGGUCGGGGAGAAGAUUGAGUGGAACUUGGGUGUUGUGAGGCAGUCCAUAAACAGGAAAGGCAAGUUCACUGUCUGCCCUGCAAAUGGCUUCUGGACUUUAAGCCUCAGGGCUGGAGGUCAGUACAUUGCCAACACGUCUCCUGUCACCACAGUGGCUCUGGAGCAGAAACCAAAGAAGGUGGGAGUGUUUGUGGACCACACAGAGGGCCGUGUGUCCUUCUACUGCGCAGAAUCUGGUGUCCAUAUUUACACAUUCACGGAUACCUUCACUGACAAGCUUCAUCCAUUCUUCAGUCCAGGUCGCCUACAUGGUGGUAAAAAUGCUGCUCCCCUUAUCAUCUCUUCUAGCUUUUGUAGUAUCUGAACAUCAAAAUCAGUAAAAGACACUUUUUUAAACUCCAGUGCAAUAUCUAUUCUGUUUGAUAAAAAAAAAAUAUUUAUUAAUUUAUACAAUGAACCACAUUUACACUGAACAGUGAACAAGAUGUUGUAUGAUGGCCAACUCCCUACACUCAAAAACUUCAAAAAAAACCAUAAACAGAUUGAAAAGAAAAGAAUAAAAGAGAAGACUCUCAUAAAUGAACAAGUGAGUCCGAACUCAAAAAAAAAAGAGAAGAAAAUGGGUUGCUGAGUUGGAUGGAUGUAAGGGGGUGCAGGGCUGGGACAGAGGUUGAAGAGGAGCAGGGAGGGAGGGCACAGAGAAACAGCAGGACAUUGUGCUCGUACACCAGGCACUGGGAGACACACUCAAACACGUUCAUGCAUUCACUCAACAACACUGCUGUGCACACAAGCGCAUGCUUCUGCCCACUGGCACACAGACUUGCGCUGGCAUCUCGGAGGGCAGCCCCAUCUCCAGUCCAGUCCUGGGUGUCGAAACGGAUCGACCCCCUUUACUGUAGUUCAGCUUAGCUCAGAGACUGAGCCGUCCCUCCUUUCCAGUCUUCCCGUGGACUAAAACUGAAAUCUCAGGGACGCCAUUCACAACUUCAAGCAUCUACAACUGAUCAACACAAACAAAGGACCAGUGACAAUAUCCAGUGAACCAAGGGGAACAGAGAGAAUCCACUGUAUUUCAUCUGAGGACACCUAACCUGACGCAAGCUGACCUACAUCAACGUCAUCGCAACCAGACUGAGGAUCCAGUAGUUGUGGACGUUUUGCAGUACUGUAGACUGUCACAUUUCUUUACGGGACUGUAAGUGGGCCCUCUG